AUUCAAAAAAUAACUGUCAAAAGUGUCAAAAAGUAUGACAAAUAAAAAAUAAAAGUUUGUAAAGAAACCAGAAAGAAACCCAAUCAUCUUCACUAGUUUUUAAAGUAUUCUUCAAGAAAUACUGUUUCCAGUUCCAUCAAAAUGUCUAUAUUAGCGUAUAACGGUGGGGCCAUGGUCGCCAUGAAAGGCGAGAACUGCGUAUCUAUCGCUGCGGACAGAAGAUUUGGUAUCCAGGCCCAAACUGUCGCGACAAACUUUGAGAAAAUCUUCGAAAUGGGUCCCCAAUUAUACGUAGGCCUUCCUGGUUUAGCCACUGAUACGCAGACGGUUAUGGAGAAACUCCGUUUCCGAAAGAACCUCUACGAACUGAAAGAGAAUCGAUCAAUUUCACCUAAGGUAUUCAGCGCUAUGGUAUCUCAUAUGUUGUAUGAAAAGCGUUUUGGCCCAUUCUUCGUCGAACCGGUCAUAGCUGGUUUGGAUCCGAAAACUUAUGAGCCUUUUAUCUGUAAUAUGGACUUGAUUGGGUGCAUAAAUCAACCAAAAGAUUUUGUUGUGGGAGGAACAGCCAGUGCACAACUUUACGGUAUGUGUGAAGCUUUGUGGGAACCAAACUUGGGUCCAGAUGAUUUAUUUGAGAUCACUUCUCAAGCCCUCAUUAAUGCUUUCGAUAGAGAUGCUAUGUCUGGUUGGGGUGCCACAGUUUAUAUAAUUGAAAAGGACAAGGUUACAAUUAGAAACUUGAAGACUAGGAUGGAUUAAGUUAUUUUUAAAUUUAAUUUCAACAAAAAACUUUUUUAAUAAAAUUAUUUUAAGGAAA